CUGAUCAGAUCGCAGCUCCACGCCGUCCUCCUCCAUAGCAGCUUCAUCCCUCUGCUCCGAUCCACCGCUUCGAUCGUCUCACCGCACACCACCAUCUAUUCUGUUGUCGCACACCGCCACAUUCGACACCCCACCACAGCUUCGUCGUUUCGGAACAGCGUGCCGUCGAUCUGCAGCCGCCAACGCCAUCUCCAACGCCUACCCUUCCGAUCUUCGUCGUUCCCUCCUCCAGCUAUCAGCCACCGUCACCGCCUCCGCCCUAGCCACCGCUGUCCACAGCUACGCGGCUCAGCCUUUAAUCUAGGUUUCUCUCUAUUUUCUUUAUGUUUAUUUCUCAGUUCAAUGUUUCGUGCUCAGAUCUGUUGUUAUUUCUGCUUUUCUUCUUAAAUAUAAUCCAUCAUCCUGCUCAGAUCUGUUGUUGUUGGUGGAUAUGCCCAUAUAAGGGACUUGUAUUGUUCUGGCCGGAAGGAAGUACGCAGUGCUGUUUGAAUUGAAGUCACUUUGAUGUGAUGAGAGAUUCUGAUUCGUAUAGCUGUGGUUUGUGGGAAUUGCUUCAUAGUGGCAGGGUGGUAGAUAGUAGCAUACAAGAGAUAUUAGUGGUCUGUGGCUUUCCUUUAGUUUACCAGGAAGUGAGCUAAACAGAAAGUGGUUAUAAUUUUGUGAAAGCUCAUCUUGGUUAAUUAUCAUUUUUAAUAUGUUUACAGUUUGGUGAAACUAGUGUAACUUAUUCCAGAUUAAAAUCUUAAGUGGGGGACAGAAGAAUGCUUCACAUAAUUAGCCUUUUGUAUUGCUCUGUUAAGGACAGAAAAAUGAUUUUGUUCAAUCAGUUCCAUCUUCAAGUGCAAAGAUGUCUCAAGAAGAAAGGUAAAGAGGCUAAAUAGGUCUAAUAUGCUGCUGCUCAAGAAAGGUAAAGAAUUGUUUUUGCUUGAUUGUCCAAAUUCUGAGUUGCAUGGAGAUUCGUUCAUGGAAAUAUGUCCUUCUUGUGGAGUUGAGUAUAUGAGAGACUUUGAAGUAGAAACUAUUGGACUGAAGGAGACAUCACGAAAUUGUACAAACACAGACUGUGGUGCCAGGCUUAGAGACACUGUUCUUGAUUGGGAGGGGAAAGAGGCUGAAGAUGUGUCUUCUCUCCCUGAAUUUAAGAAGGUAACUAAUAUGCAACUUCAAUUCUUCAAACAAUCUCCAUUCUCCAUAUCUCUGUGAGUAUCUGACUUGUUAAAAAUUUCGUUAUACUUCAUAUUUGCUUUUUAUGUUUACACUUGUUAAAGAAUUCUACACUUGUUCUUCUAUAAAUUGUGUGAAGCCUGAAAAUGUAUUCACGGUUUAGCUAGGGAAAUGAUGAUGAAGGUAUUUAUCUCAAUUCUGACUACCUUUUACCUUAUUAUUUUUUGAAAAUCUGUUCAUAAUCUUCUAUUACUUGGGUCCAUAUGCAAUUGAUCUAUGAAACUAUUAGUAAUUCUUCUCUCCUUAUUAUUGAAGUCUAUUACUCUAUUUUACCAAAAUGUCACUAAGUCUUUUUGUUCUUAUUAUCUGAGCAGACAAGGGAAUCAAAUACCUAUUCUGGUUGUUUUGCACUAAGUCUUUUUGUUCUUAUUACUCUAUUUUACCAAAAUGGCACUAAGUCGUGGUUGUUUUGCUAUUAAAUUAUUAUUAUUAUUAUGCUAAACACAUGUUUAUUGAUAUUUGAGUCUAUCAAUCUAUGUGUGCAGUUC